ACAAACAAAACGCCAAACUCUAGAAGAGAGAGCAAAGGAAAAGCCCUUCGGACCAGAAAAACCUCCAAAACUGUUAAUGCUUGCUUGCACGAUCUCUCUCUUUCUCUCUCUGAAACUCAAUAUUUUUCAACAAAAACAAAAUAAUAUGUAGAAAAGAAAAAGUAGGUGUGGCCCUCUUACUCAACUCUCUCCACCGUCUUCUUCUCCAUCUCAUCUCCUCUCCUCGAACGUCUCUCAUUCAUAUUACCUCUUCUUUCUUUUCUUUCCUUUAUCUUCGCUUUCUGGUUAACCACGCUUAUCAUACAAGACUUCGUUAAAAGGAAAAAGGUUUUCUUGUUCUGAAAGUAAGCUUGACAUAAAUUGCUCCUUUGUGAUGGCUGAGGAGAGCAUCACCCCACCUAUAGGGAAGAAAGAAAAGUUGGUUCCUCAUUAUCUAAGAGCUUCUACUGGUUCUUGUCAUGAUUUUUGUAAAUUUGGGAAGAAACAUGAAGCAGAGGAGUUGGCAAGGUAUCCUAUACCGAAAAGACUUGCUGCGAAACUUAGUGCUAGUCGACGUUCAAUAGAAACUGCUGCUGAUUCUUCAGCGAAAAGGAACUCUACCACAGUGAAACUCAAGAACUCUCCUGGUUCUAGAACUUUUUCGCCUAAGGAUGGCAACAUUUCUAACCGAAAGGCAUUGACGAGAUCACUUGAUAGCCUGAAUGUUGUCAAGACUGAUGAGAGGAAGAAACCAUCUUCGGUCAAACAUGAAGCUGCAUCUGCAUUACCUUCAAAACCGCGAACACAUGAUACCCCGAAAACUAUGAAGCAAAAGCUUUCAGCUUCUACUGAAAAGCUGGAACUGUCUUCAAAGAAAUCUUCAACAACAAAAGCUAAGCCAAAAAGCUUUUCUGGUAAGAAUCAAACUUCUCCAAAUUUGAAUUCUGUUGCAGUGAAGCCAUUGUCUUCUCCAGAAUCCUCAGGAAGAUUAAACGGAAAUGGAGAGACAAGAAUUGGCAAGAGAACUGGGAGUACAGUGGCUCCAAAAAAAGGACUAGCAUCACCAAAAGUUUCAUUGCCCAAUAAAACCUCUCCAAAAAAAAGUGUUGUAAGCUUAAACAGAAAGCAGCAAGGGAGCUUAAAGAAAAAUGCUUCUCCCCUCGAAACUAAUAAUGAAGUCAGAAUAGCUGAGCCUACAGAAUCCAAGAAUGGUGAAGUCCCAGAAAAAACUCUGUAUGUCAUCAAGAUGGAGACUGAAAAGAAAACUUUAGAAUCGAAUCAGAAUGAAACUUGUGAUGCAGGAGUUGAAUCAUUGCCAUAUAUUUUGUCAUUGUCACCCAAGUCUUCACCCCUCCCAGAAUGCCUCUCUUCGCCAUCUUCUUCACCGCUCCCAGGAGGCUGUUCAUCUUCGUCUCCAUAUUCAUCACCUCAUGAAGAGGAAGAAGAUGAAAAACAAAAACAAGAAGGUGACAAUGAAGAAAGAGAAGAAGAUGAAAUGGAGUCUGAGUGUACAAUAAGUGAAUCAGAGGAUUACACUUUCUCAGAGGACAGUGAAACAGAAAGCAUGGAGAAUUCAGAUACACUAGACUCGAACAACAAGAUGCGCAGAAGUUCAGGGUUGGUUUGUGAGGAAGAAGAUGAUGACAAAGGUUCAAAAUUGAAGUUCAGAAGGGGGAAGGUGGUGGAUAUGCACACUGAGAAUGAUGCCCCGAGGAAGCUCAAGUUCAGGAGAGGGAGAGUGUUGGAGAACCAAAAUGUUACUGCAGACGCGAGGAGGAGAAGGUUUAAGAAGAGAGAAGAAGUUGAUGACACGAAUGCUGAAGCCGGCUCAGAAAAAGUGGUUUUGAAACAUCAAGAUGUGCAGGGGAAGAAAGAUGCUCAAGGUUUGUUCAACAAUGUCAUUGAAGAAACAGCAAGCAAACUAGCUGAAACCCGAAAGAGCAAAGUUAAGGCCUUGGUUGGAGCUUUUGAAACAGUGAUAUCGCUUCAAGACAAAAAACCUUCAAACACAGCCAGUUAAGGUGGAACAAAUCUUCUUUUAAUUAACAUACAAAUGAUCAUAAAAAAAAAAAACAGUGAAGAAUAAGCUUAAGCUUGUAUGGGAAAGUUUUUGUAUUCUACAAGCUUUUGGAACUUUGAGAAAUUGUAAAGAUAGAUUGCUUCAGCUGACUUCAUUCCUGGGUUGGUGAGAUGUGUAGAAUUGAAUUUGAGUUGAGUUGAAUAUGAGUGGUGAGUGUACUUACUGAUCUUUGGCACCCUUCAUACACAAAACAAAAGGGUAUAUGCGUUUGCUUCUGAAUUUGAUACUUUCUAUUAUUAUUUCAUUGUUUGUGAAUAAAAACAGUUAAAAGAAAAAACUCUUAUAUUGAUUGAUGUACUUAGUUCAUGAAAAGAGAGAAGAUAAAUGCUUGCAUUUGUCUUGUAAUAAUGUCUCUCUUUUAAUACCAGUGAGAAUAAACCAUAACAUUACAGUGGCUUUUUAUUCUUUAACAAUGGCUUUUUUUUCUCUUUUCUUUAACAGCACUAAAACAGUGGCAUUAUAUUUUCAUACUUUAUUUUUAACUUGUUAUUUCAGAUUAUAUUUGUAUUUUUUUUCUAAAUAAUGUUAGUCAGCUCAAUGUGGGGAGUAUCAAAGUUGGAAUUUGUAGUCCAUAGGUUAUAUCUUUGUAAAUCAAGUGGACAAAUGACCUAUUAAAUUAAGAGAAAAAGAAGAAGUAUAAUUAAGAAAAAUUCUAAUAUUUUAAUGAAAACCUAUACAAUAAUGUAAUUAUAUAUGCAAGCAAGUGCCACUAACUUACAAAUUGACCCAUUUAUUAACGCUAAUUUUUGUUUUUGGGGAAGUCUUACCAAGAACCUUGUAUCUAACAGUGAUGUAUUAAUGACUGUAUUUACUGCAUUCACAAUGAGCCACUUGUAAAUUUCCUUUUUUUUUUGUUGGAACUGCUAAAUUAUUUCUUUUUUUUUUCGAAAAAAAAAUAUGCAUAGAUUUAUAGUAGAGAAAUAUUAAAGGAUUAAUGUAAUUUAAUAUGGAAUUAUAAAAUGUCACUUCACUACAUGUAGUUGACAAGGGUAUAUAUUUCCACGCCACCCUAGUUGUGGCCAGUCACAUCAUAGUACUAUCUUUUUAUUAGAUAAAUAAAUAAAGAGUGUAGAUUCAUUAUAUUAGAUGCAUACACAGACCAAUGAAUUUAGUAUAGCGUGUUGGUUAGUGCAAUUAGUAGUACUAUUGGUUAUUACUAAUUAAUUCUACUUAAUAUUCUGGUAAAUACAGUAACUUUUUUUUUAAAAAAAAAAAAAAAAAUGAGGGACACGUGUCACUUUCCUAAUUAAAAUACUAUAAAUUACUAAUAAUAGAAUCUUUGGGCAGACGGAGAAGUCCACCUUCGACUAUUAUUUUAUACUCCUUACUCUUCUCUUCCGGCCAUUUUUAAAACAAAAACAGUAAAAGAAACGCCAAUGCCCUUACCUUGUCACCACCAAUCACGUUACUGCCACGUCAUACAUACUGGUCCCCACACUCCACUUGUAGACACGUGGCGCAUUUUCACUCGUUAUUUAUCUACUCGUAAGGUAUGGAGCUCAACUCUGAAUCCUCAAGCCAAGCCAUCGUUUUCCUCUGUCCUCUCUGACCUUCAUUUUCUCUCUCUCUUUUUCUCUGCAAGUUCGUACUUUUAUUUUCUUCUGUGGACCAUAUUGCCCCUGAGCUAUACGAAAUAUUACCUAUGUUCUGUGUAUAGUUUACAAGCUUUUCUUUUUAUUUUUUUAUUAUUGUGGGCGUUUUUGUUUCUUUUUUCAUAUAAUUGAGUGUGUGGUUCUGGUGUUUUUUUGCCAAAACCCUAGGCUGUACGGGGGCUAGUUUUGCAGAGUUGUGAUUAUGCGGAAGGAGUAAGAGAGGUUCGUGAUCUGAGGUAAGAGAAUUUUGGGGGUCUCUCCGUUGAGAUAAUCAGGGUCGUCUCUGCUUUCACUGUCUUUGGCGAGUGUUUCGUUGGUUUUGAAUUAGGCUAGGGCUUCCACUAUUGAAUUAUUGUAAAAUUAAGGUAGAGACCAUGAUUCUGAACAAGCAGUAUCGUUGCAUACACUCAGCAAGCUGCCAAUGCACAAAAGGGCAUCUGAGUGAAGAAGCGAUCUACAUAGUAUUUGAUAGGUUGAAUUGGAAUCCUAAGUUGAUUGCUACUCUUUCCUGUGUUUGUAAAUGGUUUGAUGAUCUUGCUAAGCGGGUAUUAUGGAAGCAAUUUUGCCACACAAGGGCGCCAAAGAUGAUGAAUGAUCUGCAAUCUGGUGGGAGUCACAAUGUAGAUGGAAACUGGAGGGCACUAGGGAAAUUACUUAUUUACUGUUCAGGGUGUCAAAGAGGUGGUCUAUUUAACAACAUUCAAAUUCCUGGUCACUUUGUUCACAAGACCCGAUUUUCCAGGACAUCAGGGAAGAGCUUUCUCUUGCCACAGUGUAGAACAGAUGAAUUGUAUGUUUCUGACCCUUGUGAACAUCUUAACCAAGGGGACGAUGGGGAUGUCGGUUUUUUCCGUGGAGUUUUCAAGGCGUUUGCAAUGUCAAAGGUUCGGAAGGUGCUGAUUAAGAGGAUGGCUGAGUUUCAUCCAACUGAGGUGUGCCCUUAUUGUAAGGCAAAGAUGUGGAACAUGCUGCAAGCUAAAAUGAUUCCACAGAGUGCUAGUGUUAGGUUGGGUGCUUAUGAAGAUUGUAUCGAGUAUUAUGUUUGCCUCAACGGGCACAUGCUUGGCAUAUGCACUCUUUUGCCUUUGUCUGAUUCAGAAGAAACAUCUGAGGUGGAGUGAGGGAGAGGAUGUAAAGCAGAUGUUACAGUGAUUCGAGUGAAGCUUUUCUUAUAGAUUACAAGUGUUUGACUUUGUAAUCUAAAGGAAGAUUACAUAUCUGUCAAUUUAUCCAUUUGGUCCCCAAGUUGGAUAGUCAGAUGUGCCGUUGCAAUUGUUAACUUAUGUCCUGCGGAUGUUGAAAUUUAACCAUUAAAAUUUGAUCCGAAACUUCAAGCUCGCAGUCGUGACAUGUCCAUAUUUUCAGUUGGGGUUGAAGCUGUUGCUGACGAUUAUGUUUGGGUUAUUCUUUGCACGGGAAAAAAGUUGUAUCCAAGAAUUAUAUAUGAUCUCGUAUACAUUAUGUAUGGCAUGUGUGUGUCAAAUUGAUUUGUGCAAUAAUAUAUAUCUGCACUUGUUUGUGACAGUUGCAUUAAAUAUCUACUCAAUACAUAAAAGUCAAUUUGAAUUGCCGGAAACAAA